GUCACAAGCUCGAGCGCUAAACGGGCGCCGCUUGCUCUGUAGCGCGUCAAACUCUUCCUCGCACUGUAUUUCCAAGAGCGAUAGGACGCUACCGGGUGUGUCCGCUGUGAAAUACUAGUUAUAUCCUCAUUUCUGAACGUAUCGGCUGGUAUACCGUACGCUGUGAGCCGUUUAUGUUUUCUCAUUUAAUCCUCCGUCAGAUCGACGCUCCGUUUGAGGCCUGACUGGAUUUCAGUCAUUUAGCAACGGAUACACGCAGCACUACAUUCACCGUAAUUUCUGGUUCGAAUAAAGAGGAUGCCAGCUCCGAUCAGACUGCGGGAGCUGAUCCGGACAAUCCGGACGGCUCGAACCCAGGCAGAGGAGCGUGAGAUGAUCCAGAAAGAGUGUGCUGCCAUUAGGUCAUCCUUUAGAGAAGAGGACAACACAUACCGCUGUAGGAAUGUGGCCAAGCUGCUUUAUAUGCACAUGUUGGGAUACCCAGCACAUUUUGGACAGCUGGAGUGCCUGAAAUUGAUUGCAUCACAGAAGUUCACAGACAAGCGGAUAGGAUACCUUGGAGCCAUGCUGCUGCUGGACGAAAGGCAGGACGUCCAUCUAUUAAUGACAAACUGCAUUAAGAAUGAUCUGAACCACAGCACGCAGUAUGUCCAGGGACUGGCUUUGUGCACCCUGGGCUGCAUGGGCUCUUCCGAAAUGUGCCGUGACUUGGCCGGAGAAGUAGAGAAGCUCCUCAAAACGUCAAACUCGUAUCUAAGGAAAAAGGCAGCGCUGUGUGCUGUCCACGUCAUCCGCAAGGUCCCAGAGCUGAUGGAGAUGUUUCUGCCGGCAACAAAGAACCUGCUGAGCGAGAAAAAUCAUGGCGUUCUCCAUACGUCCGUCGUUCUGCUCACUGAAAUGUGUGAGCGAAGUCUAGACAUGCUCACUCACUUCAGGAAGCUGGUUCCACAGCUGGUACGAAUCCUAAAGAACCUGAUCAUGUCAGGCUACUCCCCUGAGCAUGAUGUGUCUGGCAUCAGUGACCCUUUCCUGCAGGUGCGGAUAUUGAGGCUACUGAGAAUUCUGGGAAAGGGUGAUGACGAUUCUAGUGAAGCUAUGAAUGAUAUUCUUGCACAGGUUGCAACAAACACAGAGACGAGUAAAAACGUAGGCAACGCUAUCCUCUAUGAAACUGUUCUUACUAUUAUGGAUAUCAAAUCAGAGAGUGGACUAAGGGUUUUAGCCAUUAAUAUUCUGGGACGCUUUCUUCUCAACAAUGACAAAAACAUCAGAUAUGUGGCGUUGACAUCUCUACUGAAGACGGUUCAGACAGACCACAAUGCUGUGCAGAGGCAUCGAAGCACUAUCGUAGACUGCUUGAAAGACCUUGAUGUGUCCAUUAAAAGGCGUGCAAUGGAGCUGAGCUUUGCCCUGGUCAACGGCAACAACAUCCGGGGCAUGAUGAAAGAGCUUCUGUAUUUCCUGGACUCCUGUGACCCUGAUUUCAAAGCCGACUGUGCGUCAGGGAUCUUCCUUGCUGCUGAGAAGUACGCCCCUUCCAAAAGAUGGCAUAUUGACACCAUUAUGAGGGUUCUGACAACGGCGGGGAGUUAUGUCCGGGACGACUCUGUGCCCAACCUCAUUCAACUCAUUACCAACAGUGUAGAGAUGCAUGCCUACACUGUACAGAGACUCUACAAAGCCCUGCUGGAUGACAUCUCACAGCAACCUCUAGUACAGGUGGCAUCCUGGUGCAUAGGAGAAUAUGGAGACCUGUUGGUCUCAGGCCAGUGUGAAGAAGAGGAGCCUAUUCAGGUUACAGAAGAUGAGGUCCUUGAUGUUUUAGAAGGUCUUCUCGUCUCGAAUUUGUCCACCCCUGUCACGAGAGGUUUUUCUCUGACUGCUAUCAUGAAGCUGUCCACCCGUUUCAGCAGUGUGAAUCGAAUCAAAAAAGUGGUGUCGAUAUACGGUAGCAGCAUAGACGUGGAGCUGCAGCAGAGAGCUGUGGAAUACAAUGCACUUUUCAAAAAAUAUGACCACAUGAGACCUGCAUUACUAGAGCGAAUGCCUAUCAUGGAGAAAACCGCCGCUAACGGCCCAGCAGAGAUUGUGCAGACCAAUGGGGAAACGGAACCGUCUAUACCAGACACGAAACAUCUGCCCAGCAUCAUUCAGCCAGCCAAUCAGGCCAAUGAUUUAUUAGACUUGCUCGGAGGUAAUGAUGUGGUACCUGUUAUCCAGACGAAUGUUAACACAAAGCCUGCGUCAGCUGGAGGGGAAUUGCUGGACUUGCUGGGAGAUCUCUCUCUGACAGGUGCUCCAACCCCCACCCCUGCUCCCUCUUUGCCCGUGUCCCAGCCCCCUUUCCUUUUGGAUGGUCUUACCUCGCAAUCCCUCUUUAAUGACAUUGCAGCGGGCAUUCCACCAAUGACGGCAUACAACAAAAAUGGCCUGAAAAUCGAGUUCACGUUUGAAAGGUCAAACCCCAAUCCCAAUAUUGCAGUUAUCACCAUCCAUGCCUCGAACUCCACUGAGGCUGACAUGACGGACUUCGUGUUCCAAGCUGCAGUACCAAAGACAUUCCAGCUGCAGCUUCUGUCCCCCAGCAGUAAUGUAGUUCCAGCACUCAACCAGGGAAGCGUCACACAGGUCAUCAGGAUUCUCAACCCACAGAAGCAACAGUUGCGAAUGCGGGUCAAGCUGACAUACACCCACAAAGGCUCUCCUGUUCAAGACCUGGCAGAGGUCAACAAUUUCCCCCCUCAGUCCUGGCAGUGAUUUGCUUCCCCUUUCAAUCUUAAAGACCCCCAGCAAGGGAACUAUGGGAAAGAUGGCCCCUCCCCAUUCCCAAAUGAUCCCCGUGACAUCACCACAGAUUGCUGCCCUGGGGUUGCAUGGGAAGCAGUGGAACCUUCCUGACACAGUCGAGAGCUGUUGGUAUGAAGACUAUGAUGAUGAUGAUUACAGCGACAAUGAUGAAGCAAAAUCACAAAUCUUUGAAAACAUAUCUUUACACUUAUUUUGCCCAUCUGUUUUUUUCUCUGCUUUGGGGUUAGUGCAACAUGUCCAUAUUCACACUUGCACUUAAGCAUCGUGCACUCUCACACAUACUUUUAAUAUAGUGCACUUCCACAGAUCAGUCACCUCACCCUGCCACCAGAGGGUCCGUACGUGGAAACCGUCACUCGUGGCCACUAUAGAAAGAAGCGUUUUUGGUAUGAGCAGUUGUUUGAUUUGUCUUUGGUUUGAUUUUUUUCAUGUUUUUAAUCUUGUUAAUGGGUUUGGUGUAUUUUAAGAGAAAAAAAAAAGAUUGAACUCUGAAUGAAUGGCAAAGUCUGAACAUUUGCACCUUAAGCAUUUCAGAAUGAAGAGUGAAAUGGGAUGUGACGGCGCCUUAAAUUGUCAUUGUACAUGGCAUUUCUUAAUUUUCCUAAGAGGUUGUCUCUUUACUGAUCUAAUGUCCUGUAAUAAAGUAUAUCAGAUGAAUGCUCCAGAUACAAGGCAUGUUGUGGCUAUACCAUAUUUCAUAUAUUAUUCGGUUCAUUUCCUGCCAGAUCUGUCCGAAAGUGCUUGACCUUCAUCACAUGAAUCAUCACGAUUAGGCAAGUUAUUACAGCUCUUGGCUUCCUUUUUGGAAUUAUUGUUUUUAAGCAGGACUGCUUGUAAAUGUCAUUGACGAUGUUCUUUUGAAGCACCUCCAUUUGAGGUGAACUGUAUGAAGUCACUGAGAAAUCUUGAGAGAGGAUGUUGCUUGUUACCGUUUGUUCAGUUUAGAUCACUUUUCAGCUGUAUAAAAAUCUAUAGUUCUGGAUCAUCUAAGCUGGACACCCCCCCCCCCAAAACACAAUUUGGCAUUAUUUUGUUAGCCUCUACCCACAGAAUGGUGUAUUGUAUUUUUUUGUUAAAUACGGAGAUAUAACAAUAUAUAGAUUAAAAAUAGCAUACACUAAACCUUAAGGAUGGCGACCUGUUGAAAAUUUUAGUCGAACAAUGUAAUUUCAAAUUCAAAUGAAUUUCUCACUAAAUUAGCAAUAAUAGAAACCAGGUAUGAGGUUACAGCCUAGAUGCUGUAAAGACUAUGAAAAUAAGGCCUUCGUGAAUGUCGUUUUAUGCACUGAAUUGAUUUCUUUUGUUUGACUUCGUUUUUUUUCUGCAGUGAUUUGAAGUACAGAAUUAUUGCCUGAUUUAAAGCAAUGUGCCUUUUGUCAGUCGGUUUCGAGAAAACCCUCAGAUGUCUGCGAGACGAAGAGUUAUACAGGAAGAAGGUGAAUUCUGAUGAGUAGAGGACCUUUUUUUGUGUUGCUGUCGUUUCACUUAAGGGCGUCUUAAAAGUGCGUGCUGUUGAUGCGUGUUCGUUUUUGUGUACGUGUGGGUCCCAGGCUCUUCUUGAAGCUUCCAAAGGCAGUUAGUAACAUUAACCCGAAUAUACCUCACAUUCUUUUUUCCCUCUCUAUGACCGUUUCAUGGAAUCAUUGACACGCGUUCUCGGGUCACCUCAGUGGAAAACCUUAGCUUCCGUGCGCUCACACCAUCGCU